CUCACAACAUAUUUUUUCAUUCUUCACUGCGUCCCAAUCAUCCCACAAAAUACCCACUGUGCUCGAAAAAUGCGAAUAAAAAUACUGCUCGAAUCGAUGUCAUGCGGAUUGCAUACCCUGUGGCUGCAAUACAGUGCGACGAUUCGAAACAACCGCUCGAACCACCAGUAAGCAUGAUGCAAUUUUAUUUGCCAAACAUCAUCCGUCGUUUUGUCUCAAUCAGUAAGCAACCAAGUGCUUGUGUUUUAGGAAAGAACGUAAAAAUGGAGAAAAAAGAAGCAAAAUCAAAAGAAAAUCAUCGAGGCAUCAGCAACCAGCACAUCGUACUAAAAACACCGAAAGGUACACGAGAUCACGGUCCAAAAGCGGCCGCUAUCCGGCAACGGCUGCUGGACCAGGUGGUUCGCGUGUUCCGAAAACACGGCGCCGUAACGAUUGAAACCCCGGUCUUCGAGCUAAAGGAGGUGCUGACUGGCAAGUACGGUGACGACUCGAAACUUAUCUACGAUCUCAAAGAUCAGGGCGGUGAGCUGCUUGCCUUGCGGUACGAUCUCACCGUUCCGUUUGCCCGGUACGUUAGCAUGAACAACAUUUCCAACAUCAAGCGUUAUCACAUCGCGAAGGUGUACAGGCGAGAUAAUCCACAGAUCACGCUCGGUCGCUACCGGGAGUUUUACCAGUGUGACUUUGAUAUCGCCGGAAUGUACGAUCCGAUGCUACCGGAUGCGGAGUGUGUUAAGAUUGUGUGCGAAAUCCUCGACGAAGUCGGCGUUGGCGAGUUUAUGGUUCGACUAAACCACCGGAAACUAUUGGACGGUAUGUUGGAGGUAUGCGGAGUACCGGCGAAGAUGUUCCGUGCUGUGUGCUCUUCCAUCGAUAAACUGGACAAGACACCGUGGGAUGAGGUGCGACGUGAGAUGAUCGAGCAAAAGGGUUUGGAUAGGGAGCCGAUUGAUCGAAUCACACCGUACGUAACGAUGCACGGUGGGUUGGAACUGUUCAAGCAGUUAACAGAAGAUGAGCAAUUGAAAGCGAAUGCAAACGCUUGUGAGGCUUUCGAGGAUUUGCGGCUGCUGUUCGAAUACUGCGAGAUCUUUAAGAUCUCAAACCGAAUUUCCUUCGAUCUUAGCUUGGCUCGUGGACUGGACUACUACACGGGUGUGAUAUACGAGGCGGUGCUACUUAACGACGAUAGGGAAUUAUCAGUAGGCUCUGUAGCCGGUGGCGGACGGUAUGACAACUUGGUGGGAAUGUUUAAUCCCAAGCGGAAACAACAGGUCCCAUGUGUUGGAGUAUCGAUCGGUGUAGAACGUUUGUUUUCCGUGCUCGAAACGCGUGCCGUCGACCAGAUUCGCACCAACGAAACGGAACUGUACGUAGUAUCGGCUCACAAAGGGUUGCAUCUAAGGCGGCUUGCGAUACUAAACCAACUGUGGACCGCUGGCUUUAAGGCGGAACAUUCGUACAAGCGGAAUCCGAAGCUGCUUGCCCAGCUGCAACACUGUGAGGAGCAUCAGAUCCCAUACGCCAUCAUACUGGGUGAAGGUGAGAUGACACGCGGCGUCGUAAAGCUUCGUGAUAUAUCCUCCCGGAAGGAGGUUGAAGUAACGCUCGACACACUCAUCGAGGAGCUUCGCUGCCGACUUUCAACCGAACUGUAAACUCGUACGAGGAUCAGAGAGUCCGCCUUUCGUGCAAGACUCCACCACGGCUAACGGAAAGCGUUCCACCCGGCCCUCGCUGUUUCCGCUCGUGCAGACAACGAAUUUUCACUUCAAACAACUUUCUCAAAUCGCUCCACAUUUCCAGCUGCUGGACACGAUCGUUCUUGGUCGCGAGCAGCAUCGUCCUUUCCUCCGACAAACGUUUUAUCGCUGCUUCCUGCUCGAGUAUCUGUUGCGAAAGGGUUUCCUUCAGUGAAACUCGUUCCCCGUUUCCGGCAGUGGACAUUUCCUCGUUGACCUUUUCCAGCAGUAGCUGUGAUCGUUCGUGUUCCAUCUGCAGCUCUUGCCACUCCUGCUCGAGCUUGUGUAUGGCGCGCUCCGUUUCCGUGAUCUUCGUCUGCAUCGUGGCCGAUUCAGCAUUCAGCGUGGCGAUUAGCGCGUCGUACGUCUGCAAAUAGAGAAAGUAGGCUCAAUAGGAAUGCA